UACAACAACCCUCUGAACACAGAAAUGCUGGACCACUCUAACAACCACCAUGUCAGACUACACAGAGAAACCACUGAAAUCCACAAGCUUAUGGACAAUUUCAACAGAAAGGAGGAAAACAUGAAAAUGAACAAAAUCUGUCUACAAGUAUUAAAAACGCUAAAAUCAGGACAGUAAAUAAAGAACAACACUCAGAAAACAGGGGAAUUCCAGACAUGAAUAAAUCAGGCUCAGCUAACACCUCGCCACAAAGGAUUCCCCCAGGCAAGAAGCAGACAGACCUUGAAGCUGCAAGGCUAUUCAGUGCUAAUCAAAGUGACCAACUGAAACGUUCACACCUGCCUCAAACAGGCAAGAGUUCUUUCUCCACAGAUAAAUAAACCCCACUUGCCUAGUUUCCAACAGACCUCACAACCUCUGAGGAUGCCUGGCCUGCCACGGAUUUGGGUGAAACGUCAGGAGAGAAUGCUUCUGGAACAUGGCGAGACAGCCUGGGAGUAUUUUGGGUUUCAGGAGAAAGGAUGCUUGUUAACAGUUUAGGACACGAGCGGGUUACUUUUCAAAAAGUCUUUCGAAGGAGAGGGCGUCGCCGGGCAGCUUCCUUCCUCCGAGCCUGCAAUCGCUGCUUCCUCCUCGCCAAACCCGGAAGGCUGCGAGGUCGGGUCCAUCUCCAAUGUUUGCAGGAGGUGCUCUCAGCUAGUUUCUUGUGUACAUGACAAACAGGAAAGUGUGAUGAGUAGCUUCUAUGCUGGAUGAUUUUCAUUUGAGACUGGCUCCUGAUAUGUCAAGCUGGUUGAAAACAUUCCUGCAGAAACCCAAGAAAGGGCCAAAACCUUCCGGAAACAAUGCUACUGAAUCUUCAUCAUCUUUCCCUUCGUCCCUUCCAGCAAGAAGCUCUGGCUCUUUGGGAAGCGGCUUGACAGCCAGCCCCAAACAAGCAUCCUCCGCCUCUCUGGCAAGCACAAACAGCAGCGACAGCAUCCGCUGGAGCAAACCCUACGACGUGUGCAUCUGCCACAACGAAGGGGACCUCGAUUUUGUGGAGCAGCUGGUCUCCUACCUGGAGACCCAGCCUGAACACUUCCGCUGCUUUCUUCAGCCGAGGGAUGCUGCUCCGGGGGCCGCCGUUGUGACGGAGCUCUGUGACGCGGUCCAAAACAGCCACUGCUGGGUGCUGCUCAUCACGCCACACUUCCUCACUGAUCCCUGGUGCCGCUACCAGAUGCACCACGCCCUGACUGAGGCCCCUAUGGCAAAUGGGCGCACCAUCCCUGUGCUGAAAGACCUGGACCGCAAGGACUACCCCAGAGAGCUCCGUUGCAUCUACUACAUCAGUGUGGCCAUCUGGGAGACCAGCUUCAAACAGAUCAGAGAGACACUGAUCCGUUAUCUACAGGAGCUCUACCAAAAUACAAAUGGAAGAGACUAACUCGGGCCUGAACGAGAGAAAGUUUCUUAUCUGAUGAAGCCUGGUGGGACAUAUCACAUCUUGGCGGUGUUUACCCUUCAAUGGGACGGAUUUGUCUUACUGUGCAAGGCCUAGAUUUAGCGCAUCAAUGGCCUUGGUUCAUGGGCAAAGUUGGGCCCUCCAGGUGAUUUGGACUUCAACUCCCACAAUUCCUAACAGCCUACCGGCUGUUAGGAAUUGUGGGAGUUGAAGUCCAAAUCACCUGGAGGGCCCAAGUUUGCCCACUCCUGCUCUAAUAUCAUUUGCAGAUUGUCUAAUAUUGUCUAAUAGUCUCAAAAUAAAGAAUGUAGUUCGAGUGGCAGGCCGAAAAGCAA